UGUAUUAUUUAAAGAAGAAAAAAGUUGAAAUAUCCAUAAUUUCACCUGUCACCUUUUUUAAGACAAGGUUUCACAGUGUAACUUAGGUUGGCCUUAGCCUCUGAGUUUACAGGUAUGUCUCAGCUCACGUGGUUACUUUCAGAUAUUUUAAGAUGCUAAUUCAGUCCUGGUGCCGUGUGUUCCUUAUAGUCCGCUUCUUUCAGGCCUGUGGCCGUGCCAUGCCAUGCUGCUCCUGCUCGCUGCCUCUCUUAUCCUCCUGAGCGAGGCUCACUGAGCAGGCCCCAGAGGGAACCAGCUAGGGAAUAAGGAUGAGGUGCAGGGCUCCGGACCUUCCCUCAAGUUUGCAGAGGCAAGACAGCAGAUCUGGAGCCUACUCUCAUGUGACCACUGGAAUUAUCAUUGAUCCUAGCAGAGCCAAAUCUUCCUUUUUUUCUGGUUGAGAAGAGCUGGCCUCCCUACAAUCCACAAAGAAAGAUCUGGUGUCUAACUAGGUGGGAAAACAGAGCAGAGCCAGGAAGGAGGCAGGCAUGGCUCACUGUGCCCCUACCUCCUCUUCUUGCCCCUCCUCAGCCCUGAAGGCCAGGUAGGAGAGUCUGUGUGAGACCCAACCUCCAAGGGCCUAGGGCAAGGCUGCUGUAGUGCCUUUUCCCCUCCAGAUCCAUAGCUGGCUUUUUCCCUAAGCAGCACUGAGCACUGAGCCCCAGCCCCUUCACCGUCCACCUUACUGGCAAAGGGAUGAUAAAAAGGAGCCUCAGGAUUUGAAGUGGCAAGAACCUAGGGUUCUGUGAUCUCCACUUCUCAAAAGCCAACUCCCUUUUCACGGCCCCUAAGAGAGUGGGAGUCCUUUCCAGCUUGGAAGAUUUCUGGGGUAAGACCAUGGGUCCUGACAAGAGGAAAAGUAGCCGGGCGGUGGUGGCGCACGCCUUUAAUCCCAGCACUCGGGAGGCAGAGGCAGGUGGAUCUCUGUGAGUUCGAGGCAGCCUGGUCUACAAGAGCUAGUUCCAGGACAGGCUCCAAAGCUACAGAGAAACCCUAUAGGGGGGGGGGGGGAUAGGCAGGCCGCAGGCACAGCAGCCGUCUGUCCUGCACUCAGAAGCAUCUGUCCUUAAGGAUCUCACAGCAUGCGUGGUAGAGAACCAGGAUUCCCAUAACAGUCCCUGAGAGGGAAAUGAGGUCCAGGAAGGAAGAGAGUUGAGUGUGAGAACUCAAGGGAUAGGCAGAUGGCCACACCCCUGAGCAGAACCUCCAGGACUGACCACCAGACAAGCCACCGGGUCCUGCUGCUACAGCAGGAAGGAGCAAGAGCCCACCUGCUUCAGCCUUGCAGUCUCCUCAGGAAUGAGGAGAGGUGAAGGUGACUUCCAGGUCCCAACUCUAUAGACAUCUCCCGUAGUAGAUGAAGUCAGGGACCACUCUGUGCCCUCACAGUCCGGCACACAGGCACUGUCCACAUUUGUCCUGUGGUUUAGUGACUGACAGAAAUCCCUGCUCUGUGCCCCCCAGGCCCUGCAUAAUUGAUAGCUAGGGAGACAGGUCCUCUCCCCCUGGGUGACCCGACCCAGCUGGGGGGCAGUGAGACACAGCUGGUGGGUCAGGAAUAAAGGAAGCAGAAAGGGGACAUUUGCUGGGAAAGAGGAAUCUCCAGUUUACCACGGCUCCCUGGGGUCCCUCAACUCUCCAGUCUGUCUUCUUUCAGGUCAAUCUAGAAGAGCUGUCACUAGCCUGAGGGGGUAGGGGACCCAUACCAUGACUAAAUGCCCUGGGUGUCAUCUCUUGCUUCUCCAGCUGUUCCCACUGCCCUAAAAGGUGAGCAGGUGGAAUGGCUUCUCGGCUCCCCAGCUGCUGGCCCUGGAUACCACAGUGUCCUCUGGGGCUGCCUGUGUGAUCUCAGCGAGGCGGAACUGCAAACUGAUUCUGAAGAUGGCAUCCUAUCUACGAUUAUACCUGGUUGCAGUCCAGAUGGUGCCAAAACCAUUUUUAAAAUCUGAUGCUUUGAUACCUAAAACUGGGCUUCUAGAUAGGAAACGAGUGUAGAAAGGGAAAGGCCGGCUGUGGUAGUCAUCUCCUUUUCGUCUCCAUCUUCCCAGGGUUCUGUUUUCAGGCCACCCUCCAGGUUUGACGCUGUUGGUCAAUCUCUUCACCCAGUUCUUUUGACUGUCCAUUUCUUAACUUCUGUGUGGUACUGCCCCCCCCCCCCAAGCAACCCUACGAGUCCUCCCCCUCCCAUUCCCUUUUCCUUCACCAGAUACCCAGCCCAAGUAUCUGUGCAUGAGGGGUCGGAGGAAGGUGAGCUUCAGGGGACACAGGUGGGGCCAACAGCGAGCCCAUACCUGAAUGCAGGCAGCCAACAUAGCCUCCACCCUUAAACCUGCCCAGGUCAGAGGCGGGCUCCGGCGGGGCCCCGCCCCUGACUCGCGUUCACGUGACCCUAGGCUAAUCUUGUCCCGAUGACUUCACGGGCCCAGUCGUCAUGGUUACGCCGCAGCGCCCAGCCCUUCCCCCAGCUGGCUGUGCUCUCUUCUCCCCCUCCUGGACCCCUCCUGCUGCCGCGCCCCCAGCCCCGCGGCACGUGACUGUCGGGAAGGAGGUCGGCAGGGGAGGGGGAGCUAUGGCCGUAACCCCUUCCACUCCACUUGCCGCGGUGCGGUCCCUGGUGUCAGGCGGUCCAGCAGGGCCAGCUGCUCCGCACACCUGGCUCCAGAGGCCAUGGCUUGCCUCCAUGAUACCCGAACACCCUCCCCUUCCUUUGGGGGUUUUGUGUCUACUCUAAGUGAGGCUUCCAUGCGCAAGCUGGAUCCAGACACUUCAGACUGCACCCCAGAGAAGGACCUAACACCUACCCAAUGUGUACUUCGAGAUGUUGUGCCUCUGGGUGGACAGGGCGGGGGAGGGCCCAGUCCCUCCCCAGGUGGAGAGCCUCCCCCAGAGCCUUUUGCCAAUAGUGUCCUGCAGCUACAUGAGCAGGAUGCAGGUGGGCCAGGGGGAGCCACUGGAUCACCUGAGAGUCGAGCAUCGAGGGUGCGAGCUGACGAGGUGCGGCUGCAGUGCCAGAGCGGCAGUGGCUUCCUUGAAGGUCUCUUUGGCUGCCUGCGCCCUGUCUGGACAAUGAUUGGCAAAGCCUACUCCACAGAACACAAGCAACAGCAGGAAGACCUUUGGGAAGUCCCCUUUGAGGAGAUCCUGGACCUGCAAUGGGUAGGCUCAGGGGCUCAGGGUGCUGUUUUCCUGGGACGCUUCCAUGGGGAGGAAGUGGCUGUGAAGAAGGUUCGAGACCUCAAGGAAACCGACAUCAAGCAUCUGCGAAAGCUCAAGCACCCCAACAUCAUCACUUUCAAGGGUGUUUGCACACAGGCUCCCUGCUACUGCAUCCUUAUGGAAUUCUGCGCCCAAGGUCAGCUAUAUGAGGUGCUCAGGGCUGGCCGCCCUGUCACUCCUUCCUUGUUGGUGGACUGGUCCAUGGGCAUCGCUGGUGGCAUGAAUUACCUGCACCUGCACAAGAUCAUCCACAGGGACCUUAAAUCCCCCAACAUGCUCAUCACAUACGACGAUGUGGUGAAGAUCUCAGAUUUUGGCACUUCCAAGGAGCUGAGUGACAAGAGCACCAAGAUGUCCUUUGCAGGGACAGUGGCCUGGAUGGCCCCUGAGGUGAUACGCAAUGAGCCUGUGUCUGAGAAGGUCGACAUCUGGUCCUUUGGGGUGGUGCUAUGGGAACUACUGACUGGCGAGAUUCCCUACAAAGACGUAGACUCCUCAGCCAUCAUCUGGGGUGUAGGAAGCAACAGUCUCCACCUGCCUGUGCCCUCCAGCUGCCCAGAUGGUUUUAAAAUUCUGCUUCGCCAGUGCUGGAACAGCAAACCACGAAACCGCCCAUCAUUCCGACAGAUCUUGCUGCACCUGGACAUCGCUUCUGCCGACGUGCUCUCCACACCCCAGGAGACUUAUUUUAAGUCCCAGGCAGAGUGGCGGGAAGAAGUAAAACUGCACUUUGAAAAGAUUAAGUCAGAAGGGACAUGUCUGCACCGCCUAGAAGAGGAGCUGGUGAUGCGAAGAAGGGAAGAACUCAGACAUGCCCUGGACAUCAGGGAACACUAUGAACGGAAGCUGGAGAGAGCCAACAACCUGUACAUGGAGCUGAAUGCCCUCAUGCUGCAGCUAGAACUCAAAGAGAGGGAGCUGCUCAGGCGAGAGCAGGCUUUGGAAAGGAGAUGUCCAGGUCUAUUGAAGUCACACCCUUCCCGCGGCCUCCUACAUGGAAACACAAUGGAGAAGCUCAUCAAGAAAAGGAACGUGCCACAGAAACUGUCACCCCACAGUAAAAGGCCAGAUAUUCUCAAGACAGAAUCUUUGCUACCUAAACUAGAUGCAGCCCUAAGUGGGGUGGGGCUUCCUGGGUGUCCUAAGGGACCCCCCUCACCAGGAAGGAGUCGUCGUGGCAAGACCCGUCACCGAAAGGCCAGUGCCAAGGGCAGCUGUGGAGACCUGCCUGGGCUUCGAGCAGCUUUGCCACCCCAUGAGCCUGGAGGACUAGGAAGCCCAGGGGGCCUAGGAGUGGGCCCUUCAGCUUGGGAUGCCUGCCCCCCUGCUCUCCGUGGACUCCACCAUGAUCUUCUACUGCGAAAGAUGUCCUCAUCAUCCCCAGAUCUGCUGUCGGCAGCACUGGGAGCACGAGGCCGAGGGGCCACAGGGGGAGCUCGGGAUCCUGGCUCACCUCCUCCACCCCAGGGCGAUACUCCUCCAAGUGAGGGAUCAGCUCCUGGUUCUACCAGCCCAGAUUCACCUGGGGGAGCCAAAGGGGAACCACCUCCACCAGUAGGACCUGGUGAAGGCAUGGGGCUGCUGGGAACUGGAAGGGAAGGGACUGCAGGCCGGGGAGGAAGCCGGGCUGGGUCCCAGCACUUGACCCCAGCUGCACUGCUGUACAGGGCUGCUGUGACUCGAAGUCAGAAACGUGGUAUCUCAUCUGAAGAGGAGGAAGGAGAGGUAGACAGUGAAGUAGAGCUGCCCCCCAGUCAGAGGUGGCCUCAGGGCUCGAACAUGCGUCAGUCACUCUCUACCUUCAGUUCAGAGAACCCAUCAGAUGUGGAGGAAGGUACAGCUAGUGAGCCUUCCCCCAGUGGCACACCAGAAGUUGGCAGUACCAACACUGAUGAGCGGCCAGAUGAAAAGUCUGAUGACAUGUGCUCCCAGGGCUCAGAAAUCCCACUGGACCCACCUGCUUCAGAGGUGGUCCCUGACCCUGAAACCAGCUCCGUGCCCAUGCAACAACAGGAUCUACUCAGAGGUGAGCAGGGCCCCAAUCCUGAGGACUCAGACUGUGACAGCACUGAACUGGACAACUCCAACAGCAUUGAUGCCUUGCGGCCCCCAGCCUCCCUUCCUCCAUGAAAGACACUCUUAUUCCUUGUAUAUAGAGAAAUAUUUAUAUAAAUAAUAUAUAUGCGCCACAUAAUCAACAGAUAGACGGGGCUUUCUUAGCCUUAAAUCAGGCUUGAGAGUGAAGGAACCCCCCCUUGACCAAUUGCAGAAUAAGUUCUAGGGACACUGGCAGCUGUGGAAACGAAUGAUUCCAAGUACUAUCCUAGAGCUACGAGGAAAGGAAACCGGUCCCUUCUUGCUUCACCCCAUUCCUUAUGUUCAGCAAGCGUCUAGGCAAUAGAAAAGCCAGGCUUGUCUCUACACUGUCCACCCCUGAACACUGGGGGGGGGGGGGGGGGAGGCAGGAGAGGAUCCACUUAAGACUGCACUUUUAUUUUCCAUUCACUGUUUACACACUUUGCACUUGGGAGGAGGGAAACUAAGGCUGGGUCCUCCCCUCUGAGGUUUCUCAGGUGGCAAUGUAACCAUUUCUUUGUCCCUGUUUCUCUGCCCAAGCCCUGGCUUAGGGCCCAGAGGCAAGUUAGAAGACUGAUAGCAUGUGAUGGCUCAGGCUGAAGAGCUGGACAACUGGGGUGCUGUUAAAGUCCCUACUAUUAUCCUGGUGCCUGGUAGGGGUGGGGACUGUCUUACUGUAACCCCUGUGAACAACCCUGAAAUAUAACCACUCCAUGCAGG